AUGAUUAUUCCAGUUCGUUGUUUUACUUGCGGAAAAGUUAUUGGUAAUAAAUGGGAUGCUUAUCUUAGUCUUUUACAAAUCGAUUACACUGAAGGUGAUGCUUUAGAUGCUUUAUGUUUAAAGAGAUAUUGUUGUAGACGUAUGCUUUUAACUCAUGUAGAUUUAAUUGAAAAAUUACUCAACUAUACUCCUUUAGCUACCAAAAGUUCUUAA